AUGGCCGCGAGGAAACUGCAACAGGAAGUCGACAAGUGCUUCAAAAAGGUCGCCGAGGGCAUGGCCGAUUUCGAUGCGAUUUAUGAGAAAAUAGAACAGUCCACAAAUCCAGCGCAAAAGGAGAAGCUCGAAGACCAACUGAAGCGGGAGAUCAAGAAACUGCAACGGUUACGAGAUCAGAUCAAAACGUGGGCUACAGGCAAUGACAUUAAGGACAAGCAGCCGCUUUUGGAGCAGCGCAAACUGAUCGAGACGAAAAUGGAAUCGUUCAAGGCUGUGGAAAAAGCGAUGAAGACGAAAGCCUACUCCAAGGAAGGUCUGUCGGCCCAACAGAAGCUCGAUCCGAAGGAACAAGCCAAAUUAGAUAUGAGCGAAUGGCUAGCCGGUCAGGUCGAGGAGCUCGAACAACAGAUUGAGUCGCUCGAGGCUACAAGCGAAGGUAUACAAGCUACGCUGAAAAAGGGCAAGAACCAGAGAGAAAAGCAGGAACGUGUCGCCAACCUCGACCACCACAUCGAGCGACAUAGAUGGCACAUAAGCAAACUCGAACUCAUCAGGCGAUCCUUGGAAAACGGCGGGCUCGAAGUCGAAGAAAUUGAUAACAUCAAGGACUCUAUCGAGUACUAUGUCAAGGACAACCAAGCAGAUGACUUCAUGGAGGAUGAGGAAAUGUACGAAGACCUGCAUCUGCAAGACGAGGAGGAAGCUUAUGGCAUUGGACACGAGGGAGAUAAGGGGUCGUCUCAAGAAACGCAAUCCGUACAGGACGACACUCCGGAAGUUGAGUCGAGGCCUGCCAGCUUGCCGAGCACGAAGAAGCAGACUUCCGCCGAACCGACAGCUACCUCGGGACGCAGACCUUCGACACAACUCAAGUCCCCCCUACCGACGCUCGCCACUCUACAUAACCCGUCUUCUUCAAGUUCAACAAAUGGUGGCGCAGCGGUCGCCGGUGGUAUGAAGCCAGCGUCCGUUCCGCCGCGCACAGAAGGUUUGAAGUAUGCUUCAGCGGCUGCAGCGGCUGCGAAGGAGAAUAGUCUAGGUAUUGCGCCACUGCCUCCGCCGCAAGGAGCUCCGCCUGUGGCUGCAGUGUCCAGCAUCUCGCAACAGGCGCGGUCUAGUGCGGCAAACUCGCCGAGCAUACCGCCGAUACAACCUGCUCCCUUGGAAACGAAAACAGGGGCUUCUAUUGCCCAAGUCGAGACAAAGAUUCCGGACGCCACACCCGCUACACCCGCACAGUCUAAGAAGGCAGAGAAGGCAGCGGCCAAGGCGGCAGCCAAGGCAGCAAGAGAAGCAGAUGCUGCCGAAUCUUCGAGAGCUUCGCAAGCCAACGGCCUGGCCAAUGGCGUCAAGUCUACACCAGUUCAGGAGGAUAAGGAAGAAGAAUGCGUCUAUCACCUCCCGGCAUCAUUGUCAGACCUUGUGGAGUCUUUCGAGAUCACCAAAAAGCGUAGCCUCCAGGUGAACGCCCCUUCACAAAUGCGGAUGCUGCAAGUGUCGCAAGCAAAUACGCCAGAUAUCGGUGACGCAGAGGCUCCUCGGAGGUAUAAGCCUGAUCAGCGCUACCCGUUCCCAACUCAGUACCCUCAAGAACCGCUGGCUAUCUUUGAUGAUCCACGGCUUUAUGCCAAGAUUGAUCCUGACACGCUGUUUUACGUAUUCUACUACAAGCAGGGGACAUAUCAGCAAUAUUUGGCAGCCAAGGCAUUGAAGGAUCAGAGCUGGCGAUUCCACAAGCAAUAUCAGACUUGGUUCCAAAGGCACGAAGAGCCCAAAUCUAUCACGGAAGAGUUUGAGCAGGGAACCUACCGCUUUUUCGAUUAUGAGAGCACCUGGAUGAACCGUCGCAAGGCAGACUUCAAGUUUGCCUACCGAUUCCUUGAGGAUGAGGUAUAA